AAAAAAAAAAAUUUCAUCCUCCUCUUUUUUUCUUUCAUAUAAAAUUUUCUUUACUUUAUUAUGCCUCCUGCUUUUGAACCUCCUUACGCUAUUCCAGUACCUGGUGCAGUAAAGAAAGAUGGAGAAACUGUUCCUUAUCGUCAUUUCAGAUUUGCUGAUAAGUUAGUUGAUCAUCCAGAAGACAUUUAUACUCUGUGGGAUAUGUUUCUUCAUGGAUACAAGUUAGCUGGUGAUAAACCUUUUAUGGGCACACGCCGCAUGGAAAACGGUGUUGCAAAAGAAUAUGUUUGGCAAAGUUAUCCUCAAGUAUAUAAGCGUAUCAUUCAUUAUGGUAAAGGUUUAGUUCAGCUUGGUUUAAAACGUCAAGAAGCACUUGGUGUUUAUUCUAUUAAUAAACCAGAAUGGACAAUGACAGAAUUAGCUUCUUAUAGACAAGCGUUUAUCAUUGUUGCACUCUAUGAUACAUUGGGAGCUGAAGCAAUGGAAUAUAUUGUUAAUCAAACUAAUAUGGAAUUCAUUGUUUUAAGCGCCGAUAAACUGGACAAUAUUAUUAAACUUAAAAAUCAACUUACUUCUAUUAAAACUAUUAUUGUAAUGGAUGGAGAUGCAUUAGAUACAACAAAGAAACAAGCCGCUGAAGCUAUUGGUUUAAAGGUCUAUACUUUCCAUGAAGUUGAAUCAAUGGGUGCUUCAAUUCAAGAAGAAACAGAAAUGGCUAAACCUGAGGAUAUUGCAACUAUUUGUUAUACUAGCGGUACCACAGGUGUUCCUAAGGGUGCUGUCUUGACUCAAGCAGCAAGUGUGGCUGCUAUUACUGCUAUUUCUGCUGUAGGUGAUAAGGGAAGCUUUGCUUUAAUUACAAAGGAUGAUGUUUAUAUUUCAUAUCUUCCUCUUGCUCAUGUCUUUGAACGUGCUGCACAAGGUAUUCAUUUAUUUAAAGGUGCUGCUCUUGGUUACUAUCAGGGUGAUACACUUAAAUUAUUGGAUGAUAUUGCUGAAUUAAAACCUACUGUCUUUUGUUCGGUUCCUAGACUUUUUAAUCGUAUUUAUGAUAAGGUUUUGGCAGGUGUUAAAGCUAAAGGUGGUGUCCCCGCUUAUCUUUUUAAUACUGCUUUUAAUACUAAAAAGUCUUCUCUUAAUAAGACGGUUAAUCAUUGGCUUUGGGAUCGUGUCGUUUUUGGGAAUAUUCGACAAAAGUUAGGUGGCCGUCUUCGGUUUAUUCUUAGUGGUUCUGCACCUGUCUCGCCUGAUGUAAUGGACUUUAUGCGUAUUUGUUUUUCAGCUAAAGUAUAUGAAGGCUAUGGUCAAACAGAGAAUUUCUGUGCUGGUUGUUUGACAAUUACAGACGAUAAUACCUCUGGUGUCGUUGGUGCACCUUUCCCUUGUUCUGAAAUUAAAUUAGUGGAUGUUCCUGAUAUGGAUUAUCGUUCUACCGAUAAACCUUAUCCUCGUGGUGAAAUUUGUAUUAGAGGUCAUGCUAUUAUGCGUGAAUAUUAUCAGGCACCUGACAAGACAGCUGAAACGAUUGAUCAAGAUGGUUGGUUACAUACUGGUGAUAUUGGUAUGUUUGAUUCUGCAAAUCGUUUAGUCAUUAUUGAUCGUUUAAAGAAUAUAUUUAAAUUAUCUCAAGGUGAAUACAUUGCACCUGAAAAGAUUGAGGGCGUUUAUCAAAAGCAUGAAUUGGUUGCUCAAGCUUAUGUUUAUGGUAAUUCCUUACAAGCUUCUUUAGUAGGUGUCAUUGUCCCUGAUAAAGAUGCCUUUAAGCCUUGGGUUUCAAAUACUCAUCCUUCAGUUCAAAAUCCAUAUGAAUCAGAAGAAGUAAAGAAGGAUUUAUUAAAGAUACUGAAUACAUAUGGUAAACAAAAUGAUCUUAAGGGCUUUGAAUUGAUGAAGGCCAUUUAUUUGACUCCUAAUGAAUUUACAAUCGAUAACGAUCUCUUAACUCCUACUUUCAAAUUGAAGCGUGAGACUGCAAAGAAAGUCUUUCAAGAACAAAUUGAUGCUAUGUAUGCGUCUUUAUCAAAUGGUAGAGCAUUUAAUUAAUAUAAUAUUUUAACCUACUUUUUAAAAAUAUCCAAUGGUUCAAGAUAUCAUCAUCAUCAUCAUUUAUUAUUAUUAUUAUUACUACUACUAUUAUUAUUUUUUCUUUUCUAUAUAUUGCGUAAACAUGGUAUCAGGAAUCUUUUGUUU